CAGGAAGAUGCCUCUUGCACCGAAAGUGAAACUGAACAAUGGCUGUGAGAUGCCUGUUCUGGGCCUCGGAACGUUAUUGUGCCAUGGUGCCGAAGCAGUAGCCACCUUAAAGGCAGCCAUCGAUGUCGGUUACCGUCAUAUUGACACUGCCUACUUGUAUUGCAGCGAGAAAGAAGUAGGUCAAGCCAUUCGUGAAAAGAUCGCAGAAGGCGUCAUCAAGCGAGAGGAUAUGUUCGUCACCAGUAAGCUGUGGAACACAUUCCACGAUCCGAAGCAUGUAGAAGAAGCAUUUAACCGCUCGCUAGCCAAUCUGGACAUUGGUUACAUCGAUUUGUAUUUGAUGCAUAGCCCUAUGAGCUACGAGUUCGUUGCUUGGGAACCGGAGGAGAGCGUAACAAAGCUUACCGAAAUCGAUUACAUGGACACGUGGUACGCUAUGGAAAAACUUUUGGAAACUGGAAAAGUCACGAGUAUCGGCGUAUCGAACUUCAACAGCGAGCAAGUUGCACGCAUUGUUAAGAAGUGCAACGUAAAACCGGUUACUAAUCAAAUCGAGUGUAACCCAGGUCUCAAUCAACGGAAGUUGAUCGAGUUUUGCAAGAACCUGGAUGUCACGGUGACUGCGUUCAGCCCCCUUGGACGUCCAAACUACUACGAAAAUGAUCCGGAGAAUAUUCCGAAACCGGCGUUGGAUGACACUCGUGUUUUGGAAAUCGGGAAAAAGUACAACAGAGCUCCGGCACAGGUUAUUCUGCGUUAUCUGGUUGACAUCGGUACGAUUCCGGUGCCAAAAUCAGAUAACCUGACACAACUGCGUCAAAAUAUAGGCAUUUUUGACUUCAAAUUGACUGAUAAUGAGAUUGAAAUCAUGGACGGCAUCAACACUGGGAAACGAACUCUUCCAUUGGCUCACUGCGCCAGUCACAAGUACUACCCAUUCAGUAUCGAAUAUUAA